AUUUUACUUAAGCACAUGUCUCAGUUACAUUCCUCUUGGCUUACAUAUCUUAAUUAUAUGUUUGUGUGUUUUUCAGCAAUGAUCACGCCUAUCUUCAUGAAUGGAAAUGAUUUUACUUUGAAUCCCACUCAAUUCCUUCUUCCAAGAAAAUAAAAAUCCGCCCUCUUCUUGUCAGAUGGCCUACUAUUAGAGAGCUGUUUGUGCCUGUCUUCAAAGCGCUUCUUAUCAAUUGGUUACUUAUUUACAGAAAACAGAUUCAAAUUCAAAAUGCCCUUGAAUCCACGAUUUUACAGUAGUUUUACAGUAGGUGGCAACCGCCUGUAAGAAGCCAGGCAAUUGGCCACUUGAAACGCCAAUCAAAUUGUAUUGCGCUGUCAUUGGCCCCGAUCCAAAACAACGAGAUUGUAGCCCCGCCCCUUCUCAUUGCAGCACUGAGUACCCGCGGAAGUUAGUUUCUGGAGUGAAGACGGGAUGUUGUUAAUUUGCGUGAAAUAGUGUGAAACACGUCGACAUUUUGCUGUGGUUUUUCUGGAUAUUUCCACACGCCGUUGCAUAAACAGAACAGCGGUAAGAAGAAGUCUGUUGGGGCAAAAUGUUGGAGUGUGGCAUGCUGGACCGGGACAGACAGACUCUUCGGAGGCGCUCUGCUGUUCUCUGCAAACAACUGGUGGUAGAUGAGAUGCUCAUUCAGUCACUGCAGGCAGACGACAUCCUAACUGAGAGCAUGGCAGAGACCAUCAUGGCUGAGCAAACAUCUCAGAAACGAAGCUGGCGUUUGCUACUACUCUUACCAAAGCGAGGGCCCAGAGCCUUCAGCAGCUUCUGUGCAGCUCUGCAAGAAACUGAGCAGCAGCAUCUGUGUGACCUGCUCACACAGUCACUACAAAAAGAUGACAAAGAGACACAUGUAGAGAGGAUUCAGCCUGAGGAAGAGCCAGAAGGAAAGGCCAUGCAGACAACAGAAAAAAAGAGAGAGUCAAAUGGUCUUCUGCAGAUAUCCUUAUUAGACAGAGAGGAAAAGAGUGAGGUGAGCAGCACCACAUCAUGCCCUGACCAAGCUUCAGAUAGCUGCCUACACUCAGAGUCAUCAUUCAGAGGGUUGGUCCCAGUCAGGGAGGAGGACAGGAACGAAGACAGACGGAGGAUGAAGAGAGGAGGAAGAGAUCAGCAAACCGAUAGGUCUCCUCUCCCACUUCCCACCCAGGAGGGUAUUGCAGCCAAGAGAGCACGGACACAUGAAUCCAUGGAGUUUAGUCUGGAUGCAGAUAGUCCCAUCAACACUCCCGUGCUCCCGUGCACUCCUGACUUUUACCUCUCUCACUGCCAGCAGUCUUACAGAAUGAAUUCAUCCCCUCGUGGCUUUGCCUUGGUGAUCAGUAACGUGACCUUUGACACUUGUGCUGCUGCUGCUGACCUUGACCCCAGGAAGGGAGGUGAAGUCGAUGAUGAAGUCCUCAGGAAGGUCUUCACAGAGCUCGACUACAUGGUUGCUGUCCACAGAGACCUCACUGCUCAGGGUAUGAGGUCGUGCAUUGAGAAUUUUUGCCGACGGCAAGACCACCGGACAGUGGACAGCUGUGUGGUGUGUCUUCUCUCCCAUGGAGUGGAAGGAGCUGUAUAUGGCACAGACGGAGAGCUCCUGCAGCUGGACUGGGUGUUUGAGGCCUUUGACAAUGCGCACUGUCCACUGCUACAAAAUAAACCGAAAAUGUUUUUCAUCCAGGCCUGCAGAGGAGAUGAGAUGGACUGUGGAGUGGAGCAGAUAGAUGGACCAGCGAGGACUUGCUCCCCGAGCUGUGAACAGCGAGAUGCUGGGAGGGAAGGACAAGGGGAUGCAGACUCCAGACAGAGAGGGGACUUGGGGAGGCCCAGGAUUAAACUGCCCCAGCGGUCUGACAUGAUCUGUGGCUUCGCAUCUCUCAAAGGUCAGAGAAUUUGCACAGCAGCCAUGCGAAACACCAAGAGAGGAUCCUGGUUUAUCCAGGAACUUAACACAGCACUCCGCCUCCACGCCAGAGACACACACCUUGCAGACAUCCUCGUACAGGUCAACGGUCGUAUCAAGGAGCGGGAGGGUUACGCCCCGGGCACCGCCCACCAUCGCUGCAAAGAGAUGUCAGAGUUCACCAGCUCAUUGUGCAAAGACCUCUACCUGUUCCCCAAGUACCAGCCCCAGUAUUAAUAUAUGCAAAUAUGAACAUACAGUGAUUAACACACACAGACCAUCAUUCCUUGCAUCAAAGCAUCUCAACAAGGGCACACAACUUUCAUUCAGCCAAUUAAUGCCACACACUCAGACAUUCCCCUGUUACAACUUUGCAUACAAACACUUCUGUGUAAAUACUGCCUCCACAAACACACAUACACACACACGCGCACACACAAACACACAUACACACACACGCGCACACACACACACACACUCACGCACGCACGCACGCACGCACAUACUCACACAGAUCUUGGAAAGAAAAAAGGAGCAAGCUUAUGUUAAUCUACAUGUACUCAGAAAAGAGCAACAUAUUAGCAUACACUUUAUGCAUUUAUCUGUGUGUCUGUGUCUAUGCCAGUUAGAUUUUGAUCCUUUUUAGUAGAGACACAUUUAUUUUUUUCUGACUGCACAGCUACAUUGAGGUUUCACACGUCUCUCUUUUUAAACAGUAUUUUGUACACAGAUCUAUUUUUGUGGCUUUAUUUUGUAUGAAAUUGUUUUUAUAAGGAUUUUUAAUCCCAUUUUCUUUUAUUUGUACAUACUGUUUGUUAAAAGUUAUGACCAUUUCUUGUUUUUAGUGAAGUGACAGGCAGGGGGCAGUACAGCUGAGAAAAAUCCAUUUCAUCAUCUCGCUUUCACCAAUAUUAUUUAUGUCCCCUGCAGUUCAAAAUGAUCUUUACUGUUAUGAUUGCAGAUAGUUUUUAUUUAAGUGACAGUCUACAGCUACAUUGAUGAUGAAGAAGUAAAGUCAUAGUUGCAGGUUUGUAACUGCUCUUGUCUUCACAUAGCCUUAUGAAGAGGAAAGUACCUGCAGGGCAGCUUCAAAACAAAAUUUUGUUUUUUGUCAUUUUUUCCUUUUCUUUAUUUCCAUGUAGAUUUUCAACCAGCAAAAGAAAUCAGCAUUUUUAAAAUUUCAUGAACGCACCCAAUGAAACUCUGUUACUGUAGAUGUGUCCCUGUCAGGGUGGUGGGCUGCCAGUGGAAUGUGGUGCUACUUGUGGGUCAUACAUCUACUGUAUGAACUUUGACCUUUACUCUAACUUUGACUCCUGAUGGUGUUUCCACCAAUGUGAGUGCUGCACACUCAGUGCCCUUACUGUAUAUUCAUGUUAUUUUUACUUUAUCUGAUGCAGUAAGGACAAAACAUGUAUUUCUUAUGUCUUCCGCAAACUAUUUGCAGUAUCCUACAGCCGUCUGUGCCAUGUGAGGAUUGGACAAUUUUAGGACUAUGGUGGUGCUUUCACAGUAUAUUGUAUCACUUUGGCACCCCCCACACACACACACACACUGAGGAAAUCUAUUUCUUAAGGCUGUGUGUGAGCAUUGAUGUUUCCCAGAAAAGGCCUGACCAGGCGAAGUGUGUUUAGUUACAACAGUGUUGUUGUGAGGAAAGAAACAAUAUAUGGUCAAAACAGUAUUGAUUGUUAACCACCUGUAAACAAAGACACUUGAAGCUGCGUGUGAGGUGUUCGUGAUAGAGAACGUGCUCACUCCUCUCCUCUCCUCCUUUUGGUUAUUAUAAUUAGGCAAUAUAAUUGGUAAAACAAAAUCACUGGAGUCGUAUAAAGGGGUAACACUGCUGCAGAGUGAGAAGGUUGAUAUUUGUUGCCAAGUUCUGCUGAGGUGGGGGGGGGGGGUCAGGAGAAACUUUUAUUUCUGUCAACACCAGUGACUGCCAAUAUACUGUACAAUAAACAGGCCUUGGUUUUUUAACAAGA